AAACUACUUACUGGGAAUAACAUCAAUGGGAGAGCAAUCUUGUGGACUUAAAGGUGGUAGACCUGGAAUUUACUCUAAUGUAUAUGAGCACAGAGCCUGGAUUGAUAGAAUAAUGAAUACUGAAUCAGACAGCAAGUGUUCUAAACGGAUUCAGAAGGAUGAUACAUCUACUCCAUCUACUGCACCUCGAACUGGAAACUGCUCUCAAAAAAAAGUUGUGUGUUACUUCCCUAGCUGGGCCUAUUACCGUCCAGGUCUUGGCAGCUACAAAGUUGAAGAUAUUGAUGCAAGCCUAUGUUCACAUAUGUAUUAUGCUUUUGCAACUCUGGAUGGAAGUACUUACACUAUGAAUGUUAAGGACUCUUCUCUGGACAUUGAUCUAAAGAAUUAUGAGAAGUUUGUUGGACUCCGAGCUCAAUUUCCAAAUAAGAAAUUUUUAAUUUCCCUUGGAGGAUGGAUGGACUCGAGGACUGACAAGUAUUCUACCCUUCUUGCCUCUGCAGCUUUGAGAACAAACUUUGUGACAAAAGCUGUGGAAUUUAUUUGCAAGUACAAGUUUGACGGCCUGGAUUUGUUUUAUCAAUAUCCUGCAUAUGAGAAGCCUGUACAUGAAAAAUCUACUUUUGCCCAGUUAGUAAAAGAACUAAAAACUGCUUUCAAGCCUUAUGGAUGGGAAUUAACUGCUGCAGGGGCACAUGGAAAAGAAGCAAUAGAUGCUGGAUAUGAUGUUCCAGAAAUCUCCAAGUAUCUUGAUGCAAUUCAUUUGAUUACCUAUGACACUCAUGGACCGUGGGAGAGUGUUGUUGGGCAUCAUGCUCCCCUCUACUUUUCAUCUCCCUUAGAUCAAGUUACAGUGAACUUUACGGUAAACUACUGGUUGAGUAAAGGAGCUCCUAAAAGCAAAUUGAUUGUUGGAAUCCCAACUUUUGGUCGAUUAUGGAAACUUUGCAGUUCUUCAACAAAUAUUGGAUCAAGAGGAUGUGGGCCAGGUACUCCAGGUAGCAUCAUUUGGGAUCAGGAGGGGUUCCUUAGUUACCAGGAGAUAUGUCUGGAACUAAGUAAUGGGUGGACGGUUGUUGAUGAUGAUACUGGUUCCCGUGGGCCUUAUGCCUUCAAAGGAAACCAAUGGGUUGGAUAUGAUGACCCAUUUGCUGCAGGACGCAAGGCUAAGUACAUUGGUGACAAUGACUUAGGCGGAGCAAUGAUCUGGGACUUAUCAUCAGAUGAUUUCAAUGGCAGAUGUCCCAGAGGAAAAUAUCCCAUGAUAUCGACUGUGACCAAUGUAUUUAAGUUUCAGCAUGAUCUUUGCCAGGGAACUUAAGCUAGACCUUAACUGCAUCUGAAACUAGAAGCUGAAGAUAGAUCUGAUGAUAUUAUAGAUGUAUGUCAGUUGAAACAAUAAAAUCUCAUAAUCCAG